GGCGCCGCUUGCGUAGUGUAGGCUAGUGUGCUUGCUAAAUAACAUCUAACUUUGGCAACUUCCAUGUUAAUAUAUUUCCAACUAAUUUCCGUAUCGUCGCUUGUACACGGGAAUCUCCGUCACCAUGAGUAUACUCGCCAAAAUAGCAGAGAUUGAAAAUGAGAUGGCCAGGACGCAGAGGAACAAGGCCACAGCUCACCACUUGGGUCUGCUCAAAGCACGUCUUGCCAAACUGAGGAGGGAGCUCAUCACACCAAAGGGAGGCAGCGGUGGUGCAACAGGAGAAGGUUUUGAUGUUGCGAAAACCGGUGAUGCUCGUAUUGGCUUUGUUGGUUUCCCCUCAGUGGGAAAGUCUACACUUUUAAGUAACCUUGCAGGUGUCUACUCUGAGGUGGCCGCGUAUGAGUUCACCACUCUUACGACGGUACCUGGAGUCAUUCGCUACAAAGGUGCCAAAAUUCAGCUCCUGGAUCUUCCAGGAAUCAUUGAGGGGGCCAAGGAUGGCAAGGGAAGAGGCAGACAGGUCAUUGCAGUGGCUCGUACUUGCAACCUAAUCCUGAUAGUGCUCGAUGUGUUGAAGCCUCUUGGCCAUAAGAAGCUGAUAGAACAUGAGCUGGAGGGCUUUGGCAUCCGACUUAACAAGCAACCACCCAACAUCGGCUUCAAGAAGAAGGACAAAGGAGGCAUCAACUUCACAGCUACAUGUGCACAAAGUGAGCUGGAUGCUGAAACCGUUAAGAGUAUCCUGGCAGAGUACAAGAUCCACAACGCCGACAUCACUCUGCGCAGCGACUCCACAGCUGAUGACCUCAUUGAUGUGGUGGAGGGAAAUCGGGUCUACAUCCCCUGCAUUUAUGUGCUCAACAAAAUCGAUCAGAUCUCCAUCGAGGAACUCGACAUCAUCUACAAGGUGCCCCACUGCGUACCCAUCUCGGCCCACCAUCGCUGGAACUUCGAUGACCUGCUGGAGAAGAUGUGGGACUACCUAAAGCUUGUGCGCAUCUACACUAAACCUAAGGGCCAGCUUCCUGAUUACACAUCUCCUGUUGUACUCCCUGACGAACGGACCGCAGUCGAGGAUUUCUGCUUAAAGAUUCACAAAAACCUCAUCAAAGAAUUUAAGUAUGCACUCGUGUGGGGAGCGUCUGUGAAACACAACCCUCAGAAGGUGGGCAAGGACCACGUGUUGGAGGAUGAAGACGUUAUCCAGCUGGUGAAAAAGUAAAAGGAGUCUUCGCUGCAUGGCCUCUCUAUCACAAAGUGUUGUGUACAGUUGCCCGGUAAAUCACCAAACAUAUCCAUUAGAGCGUCUGUGUCAUGUGGUUCCCACUCUUCUGCUCUAAUUUAAAAACAAUGACAUGAAUGUAAGUGUCACGUUUAAAAGAACCAACAGUACUUAACACCAUGAAUAGUUCAUAUUGAAUAUUGGUUAAGGCUUGCAAUAAAAUCUAAAAAAAAUCUGUACAAUAAAAACA